AUUACAGCGGCCAUAUUGCCUGCAGCUCGCGGCGGCUGCGCUCACCCUACAUUUUUCUAUGAUUUCUCUUUACGGACGCACUCUAACAGCUUUUUAAGAAAGGUGGCAGGAGAACACCAAGAUGACGCAAUACCUUCCGCCAAACUUAUUGGCACUUUUUGCGCCAAGAGAUCCAAUACCAUAUCUAGCACCAGUUGAUAAGUUAACAUGGGAAAAGAAGACGGAUGGGUACUCUGGUGUGGCACAAUUGAUACAAAGGUUUGAGGAUCCUAAGGAUACUCCCCCUCCAACAAGGGUGGAAACUCGUGAGGAACGCUUGGAGCGGAAGCGGAGAGAGAAGGCUGAGCAGAUGCAAUACAAAUUGGAACAAGAAAUAGCUCUUUGGGAUCCUCACAACAAUGAAAAUGCAACCAGUGACCCAUACAAGUCACUAUUUGUUUCACGGAUCAACUAUGACACAUCUGAGUCCAAGCUACGCAGAGAAUUUGAAAUUUAUGGUCCUAUUAAAAAGAUUGUGUUGAUUCACAAUUUUAAGACGGGGAAGCCUCGAGGAUACGCCUUUAUUGAGUAUGAACACGAGCGAGAUAUGCACUCGGCAUACAAACAUGCUGAUGGAAAGAAGAUUGACAAUCGCAGAGUGUUAGUAGACGUAGAGCGAGCUCGCACCGUGAAGGGAUGGCUACCACGUCGGUUAGGUGGAGGUCUUGGCGGAACAAGACGUGGAGGUCCAGAUGUCAACAUAAAGCAUUCGGGCCGUGAAGAUGACAGAAGGCGUGGUGGUGGACGGGAUGAUGAGCGAAUGGAAAGUGCAGAUAGAGACCGUGAGAGAGACCGUGACCGUGAACGUGGUUCAGAAAGAAGGCGUUCCAGAAGUAGAGACAGAGAUCGUGACCGUGAAAGGCGCAGGCGGUCACGAAGCCGUGAUCGUAAGAGGAGACGUUCCCGAUCCCGUGAGAGAGGAAUGCCAGAGGAAGGAGAAGAGAGGGAGAAGCGCCGCCACAGGUCUCGGUCCAGGGAUCGUAAACGUCGCUCAAGGUCACGUGACAGGAAGCACCGUAGGGACAGGGAUCGUGAGAGGAGGGAGCGGGUACCUGGUGAAGAAGUUGAGGAAGGUGUUGUCAAAAUCAAGCAAGAACCAGAGGAUGAUUAUCCAGAUUAUGGCAGUAACUAUUACAAUAAUUACCCAAUGAAGGACGAAGAGGAGAGGGCCAAGAAUGGAACCAAAUAUGAGGAGGAAGAAGAGGCCAACAAUGAAAUUGACUAUUAGGCUGGAAAUGUUUGUGUUGUGGAUUUAGGUUUGAUUGCAGAGAUUGAGUGAUAAGCAGUUUGGACUGAGAGAGUUGCUUGUAUACAGUGAUGAAAUUGGCUAGGCACGAAUAUUCACCUUGUAGAGGUUGUAACCUCUUGUUUGAUUACCUUAAAAAAAAAGAAAAAAAGAAAUUGUUUACAAGCAUACUGUGUUAUGAAUAUUCAUAGGGUGCUGAAUUCCCCCUUAUAUGUAAAGGGUAGAUAAUUAUUUAUGGAGAGAUUGUAAUGUAUAUUUACAUUACUAAAAGGCUUAGAUAGCAAAAUGGUGAUUUUUACUGGAUCUCUUACCCCCUCCCUCUCCGAUCCAAUUGCAUUUGACAAUAGCACAUUGUAGACAAUUUUUAUAUUCUCAUUGGAAAGUGAUGAUUAGAUAACUGUUGUCAAUAGCUAUGUUGUAUUUGUGUAACUAAAGUGUACAAACUUUUGACAAAUGAGUAAAAGUGUAUCUACUGCACAUUAUGUGCUUUUAAAGGAUUAUCUGUAAUACACAAGACACAUGGUUCCAUCAGUGUUUUUUAAGAAUAAUGCAAAAUAUAUGGCUUGUGUAGGAUUGAUGGAUUGUGUGUCCAGCAUGUUUAAUUUCUGAUUACAUCACAUCAGAUGAGAUGGAUAGCUUAGUCACAGAUGAGCUGAGGUACAAAUCCAAUACUGCUUUUUUGAAGCUCAUCAGUCCAUACUAACUGCUGAAAGAAAUUUCAUACUGGAAUCCCACAUUAGUCAGAAUUUAGGCCUUCCAUAGAAUAAAGAUGCUGAAUGAAGUCUUCUGGAUUAAUGUAGGAAAUGGUGAAAGCAGACUUAGUUAUUAAGCAUUUUAUUUUGUUAUUACUACUAUCCUUUUUCUUUAUUUUACUUCUUAGACUGGAAAAUUGUAUAGGGAAGUUAAAUAAGUGUAUGAUUUUAUUCAUAAUAGAUACUUGAUCAUUUCCAUCAAGAAACUGAACAAAUACAAUUUUUAUUAUUGAAUAAAUAACAGAAAAGUCAAGAUGUUUAAUAACCUAUCUGAAUAACAAUACCACGUGUAAUUUUUUCUACAGUACCAAGGAAACUAAAGGCGAAUAUUGAAGUAAAUGUUAUAAUCAAUGUUGCCAGGUCAUUUAUGAAUGAUAUCUGGUAGAUAGUACCUGUGUUGCUGUACAUUUGUGUAACUGUGGUGAAAGAUAUUGGUUGUCCUUCAUAAUGAUAAAACAAGCUUUCCAGCAGAUAGGAAAACAUGACUAGGGUACAGUGACAUUAUGUAAUUAAGUACUUAGGGCACUUAAUUUGAAGAUUGUGCUUAAUUUUAAGUUCUCAUUUGUCAAAUAAAGUGUCAUCAUAGA